AUGGUGCUCGAGGCGACUAUGAUUGUGGUGGACAACAGCGAGGCGAGCAGGAAUGGCGACUAUCUCCCGAACAGAUUCUCGGCGCAGUCUGAAGCCGUGUCACUCAUUUUCAACGCAAAGACGUCAGCCAAUCCGGAAUCAGCGGUCGGACUGAUGUCGAUGGCCGGAACGGGGCCUACUGUGCUCACAACGCCGACGACCAACUACGGAGCAUUGCUUUCCGGAUUACAUGACACCAAGAUCAAGGGCCACAUCCGAUUAGGAACGGCCAUCAGCGUGGCGAUGCUGGCCCUCAAGCACCGGGCCAACAAGAGCCAGCGGCAACGGGUUGUGGUUUUGAUAUGCAGCGAGUUAGACCCCAAGUUCGGAGACAAAAAUGACACGGAGAAGGAACUGGUCAAGCUGGCCAAGAAGUGCAAGAAGAACAAUGUGUCGGUCGACUUUGUUGCUUUCGGCGACGCCCUCGAAUCGAAUACCAAGUCGAUCCUGGAGAAGUUUAUUGAGGCUGUUGGCGGCUCGUCCGGAGAAGGUAACCAUCUGGCGGUCAUCCCGCCUGGACCAGGUCUACUGAGUGAUAGCCUCAUCACCACUCCUAUCAUCAACAUGGGCGGAGAUGCUGGCCACGGAGGAAGCGGCAUGGAAGGUGUCGAGACCGGCGGUGGCGAGGGCGCUGGUGGUGCGGCUGGAUUCGAGUUCGGCGUCGAUCCUUCGGCAGACCCGGAGCUGGCUAUGGCUCUGCGCAUGAGUAUGGAGGAAGAGCAGAACAGACUGGAACGAGAACGCAGAGCUCGCGAGGAGCAAGAAAGACAGGCUGGUGACAGGAUGGAGACCAUCACGGAAGAGGGUCAGGGUCAACAGCAGCAGCAGCAGCAGUCUACGAACGGGGAAGCUCAAGGGAAUAGCACCGACUCGAAACAACCGACGGUAGAGGACGACAAAAAGGAAUGA